UUUCACCUACACCCAACUCAUCUCUCUCUCUCGUGAAACCCAAUAUCAGAGAAAGAAAACAGACAGAGAAAAUGUGUGGCGGUGCUAUCAUUUCCGAUUUUGUUCCUAUCCUCACCAAGGCCAAGGGGAGGAAGCUCACGGCGGAAGAACUCUGGUCUGAGCUCGAUGCUUCCGCCGGCGACUAUUUCUGGGGUUUCCAUCCCACUUCCAACCUUCAAUCCACCAGCCAGCAAGUAGCGUUGAAAGAAGAUGCGGUGGAGAAGAAGAAGGGGGAGCCACCGACGGAGAAAAGGAGGAGGAAGAACGUUUACAGAGGGAUACGCAAGCGUCCAUGGGGAAAAUGGGCAUCAGAGAUACGAGAUCCACGUAAAGGCACUAGAGUCUGGCUCGGGACGUUCAACACGGCCGAGGAAGCCGCCAUGGCUUAUGAUGUGGCGGCUAAACGUAUCCGCGGCGACAAAGCAAAGCUCAACUUUCCAGAUCUUCUCCUUCAUCCUUCUCCGCUGACAUCGGACGAUCAACCUCCAGAGAAGAAGCUUUGUGUACACUCUCAGAGCGAGUUGACUCACCCGAAUUCCCCAGUCGAGUGCUUUGGGUUCGGGAGUGGUGACGAGUUUCGGAACCCGAGUUACGGGUUUGAGACUGGUUACGAUCUUAAGCAGCAGAUAUCGAGCUUAGAGUCUUUUCUUGAGCUGGACGGUAUUACGGCGGAGCAGCCGAGUCAGCUGGACGAGUCUGUGGAUAUGUGGACGAUCGAUGAUGUUAUCUCAUUGUAUGCAUAAAUAAAGUAAAAGUAAAAUAAAUGAAAAUCAAAUAAAGUCUAAUAUAUAGAACAUAUGUAUGUAACCGCCGGUUUUACCAUUACAUGGAACUGAUGAUGAUGAUGAUUACGUGUUGUGAUUUGGUAAUGUGUAGAUGUAUCGUGACUCACAUCGAGCGUUGUAAAAUAAGGUUCGCGGUAUUGUUAUUUUGUUUUUA